AUGGAGGAAAGAUAUCCAUGGCUGAAAAAUGUUCCUUUUCUUUGGCCUGAACUGGUGGCAUUUUUAGAAGGAUAUAAGCCUAUUCUGAUAACUAAGACUAUUUACUGGAGAUUGCCUGAUGAGAGGUGGUACAAGUGCAAUAUUGAUAGGGCAUCUAAGGGUAAUCAUGGGCCUAGUUCUUAUGGUUUUUUUGUGAGAGAUUGGCAGGGAAAUUUGAUUUAUGCAGAAUGUAAGGAACUGGGGAUUAACUCUAAUGUUUUUGCUGAGGCAAGAGCUAUGAUGAAGGGGCUGUUGCAUUGUGUGACUCAGGAACUACACCCAUUGAUCUUGGAAACGGACUCUUUACUAAUAAAGAAUGUGGUUGAUGGUGUAUGGGAGAUACCAUGGUGUGUCAUCACAGAGGUGGAGAGAAUUAGAAAAAUGAAGGCUGAGUUUAAUGUGAUCAUACAACAUGUAUACAGAGAGGGAAACACACUGGCAGACUUUUUAACUAACCUAGCUUUUGAUUUUGCAGGUACACAAAGCUUUAACUCAUUUGCGGAAUUACCUAGUGCAGGAAAGAAGAUUUUAAAUCUAGACAAACAUCAAGUCCCUAAUCUCAAGAUCAGGAAUGUUAAGAAUGCAGAACAUAUUGGUGUACCUUAA